AUGCUCAGCAGGGUCGCGCGGGCCGGGAGGGCGCUGGGGUCGGUGGGCGGCUUGUUUAGCGAGGCAUCUGUUUCGUCAGCGGCGGGAUGCUGCGCCGCGAACCGCGUGCGCUUCUUCAGCACGGAGGGGGAGGAGCCAGAGCCUGAGGCCAGCGAGCGCGUCAAGAAAAUUGCGGACGAGAUCUGCGGGCUGACCGUCCUCGAGGUCGCAGACUUGCAUGCCAUUCUCAAGAAGCGCCUGCGCAUCGAAGCCGCGGCCCCAGCGUUCCCGAUGGCGGCAAUGCCUGCAAUGCCAGCUGCGGCGCCGGCCGGGGACGACGCGCCCGCGGAGGCUGCGGAGGAGAAGACGUCGUUCUCGGUCAUCCUCGACGGGUUCGACGCCGCGAAGAAGAUCACGGUGAUCAAGGAGGUCCGCGUGGCCACGGGGCUCGGUCUGAAGGAGGCGAAGGAGCUGGUGGAGAGCGUGCCGAAGCCGAUCAAGGAGGGGAUCCCAAAGGAGGAGGCGGAGGCGCUGAUGAAGAAGCUCGAGGGCGUGGGGGCGAAAGUCAAGAUGGACUGA